UCGGCAAAUGGUUUUAUAAAAGCUUGGCUUCGGUGCGGAGACUAUGCAGUAGACUUUAGCAAGGAAGUGUUCUCCCAAAUCCUGUGGAGACGCUGCAGACAACAUGGAAGAAGGGAAAUCAUGCCAUCCUAUCCCUCCUCUUCACAAUGCCAACUCUGAAGUAACAAGGUAUCUAAGAAAAAUACCACCAGCUCACUUCAUUUUCAAGAUCGAGUCAUUCUCACAACUCUCACAAUUAUUGUCAGAUGCUGAAGUUCAAAAUUGUGAAUCAGACAUUUUUGAAGCCAGUGGCUACAAAUGGUUGAGUUUGAAAUUAUCUUUCUACCCAAAUGGUGACAAAAAAAGAAAAGGGGAAGGACACAUCUCUUUGUACUUGGUAAUCGCAGAAACUAGUAAUUUACCUCUUGGUUGGGAGGUCAAUGUGAACUUCAAAUUGUUUGUGUAUGAUCAAAUUCAAGGCAAGUACAUGACCAUCCAAGAUGCCAAUGGGAAGGUAAGACAUUUUCAUGAGAUGAAAACAGAGUGGGGUUUUGCCCAAUUACUCCCGCUCAGUACUUUCAAUGAUGCUGAUAACGGAUAUCUCAUCUGCGACACAUGUGUUUUGGGAGUAGAAGUUUUUGUUAUAAAUUAUACUGGCAGAGGACAAUCUAUAAACAUACUGAAGGAACUUGACCGUACUUACACCUGGAAGAUUGAUAAUUUCUCAUCUCUAGAUGGUGAAAUUCAGUACUCGGAUGUCUUCAUUUUUGGAAAUCGAAAGUGGAAUUUACGGCUAUAUCCCAAAGGCCGUGUAACUGCAAAGGACAAAUGCCUGUCCCUCUUUUUAGGGUUAAAUGAUUUGAAAACCUUUCCUUCUGAACGGAAAACAUAUGCAAAAUUCAAGAUGCGCAUAAGGAACCAAAACCAUGGCGAGCAUAUGGAAAUUGAAGGUUCCAAUUGUUUUACUUCAAGCUCCAUCUCCUGGGGUACAUCUUCAUUCUUGUCAUUAACUGACCUCCAUGAUGCUUCUAAGGGCUUCCUUGUGAAUGAUACUUUAAUUAUUGAAGCCGAAGUUAGCGUCAUAUCCACAGUGAAGAAUUUCUCCAUGUAAAUAUGUGCGAGGCUUUUAUCCCAGUGAUACAAGGAAGUUAGUAGUAUCCUUGUCCUUUUAAUCUGUUAAUAUCAUCCUGUGCAUGGACACCAACUUAUGAGUUAAGAGACUUUUAUGCUAUGAAAGACUUCUUAUCAUGUGCGAGUUGUUUUUUAA